UCAAGGGGAAGGACGGAGGGGAGAUUAACAAGGAUCUUCAGCCGCCGCAACGGCGCCACUCUCAUUAUUAUUAUUAUUGUGAUUAUUAUUAAUUUAAAGAAAGAUCAUCAACAAUGGGCGGCACCGACUCAAAACUGAACUUCAGGAAAGCAGUGAUUCAACUGACAACCAAGACGCAGCCGGUGGAAGCCACCGAUGAUGCCUUCUGGGACCAGUUCUGGGCGGACAGCAGCACCACGGUCCAGGAUGUCUUUGCGCUGGUCCCGGCUGCGGAAAUCAGGGCCCUGCGAGAGGAGUCCCCCUCCAAUUUAGCGACGCUGUGCUAUAAGGCUGUGGAGAAACUGGUCCAGGGCGCUGACUCCGGCUGCCCCAGCGAGAGGGAGAAGCACGUGGUCCUGAACUGCAUUCGCAUCUUGACCCGCAUCCUCCCCUACAUCUUCGAAGACCACGACUGGAGGGGUUUCUUCUGGUCCACCGUGCCCGGUGCCGGCCGGGCUGGGGCAGAGGAGCUGGACGACGACGAAGGCGCUCGCCCGCUAGCAGAGUCGCUCCUCCUGGCCAUCGCCGACUUGCUCUUUUGUCCCGACUUCACCGUGCACAGCCACAGAAGAGGCCCGGACUCCGUGGAGAGCAUGCACUCCAUAGACAGCUGCGAAUACAUCUGGGAAGCAGGAGUGGGCUUCGCGCAGUCCCCCCCCCUCAACUACAUCCACGACUUGAAUCGCACGGAGCUGCUGAGGUUGCUGCUCACCUGCUUCUCCGAGGUCAUGUACCUGCCCGCCUCGCCGGAAAACCAAGUCCUCAACCCCUGGGUGACCUUCUUCUGCUCUGCUGAGAAUCGGCACACCUUGCCCCUGUUCACCUCGCUGCUCAACGUGGUGAGCGCCUACGACCCGGUGGGCUACGGCAUCCCGUACAAUCACCUGCUCUUCUCCGACUACCGGGAGCAGCUGGUGGAGCAGGCCGUGCAGAUCCUCAUCGUGACGCUGGAGCACGACGGAGGGGCUUCCCACUGCCCGUCGUCUCCGUCCAGCCUGGAGGAACACCAGUCCUCAGGUCCCGAAAACCUGUUUGUGAAUUAUUUGUCGAGGAUUCACAGAGAGGAGGAUUUUGACUUUGUACUGAAAGGCUUGGCUCGUCUGCUCACCAACCCGUUGACUCAAACGUACUUGCCCAACUCUACCAAAAAGAUCCAGUUCCACCAGGAGCUCCUGGUGCUCUUCUGGAAACUCUGCGACUUCAAUAAGAAAUUCCUCUUUUUCGUCCUGAAGAGUAGCGACGUCCUUGAUAUUCUGGUUCCAAUCCUCUACUACCUUAAUGAUGCCAGAGCCGACCAGUCCCGCGUCGGCCUGAUGCACAUCGGCGUGUUCAUCCUGCUGCUGCUGAGCGGCGAGAGGAACUUCGGCGUGCGCCUGAACAAGCCCUACGCCCUCCACGUGCCCAUGGACAUCCCCGUCUUCACGGGCACUCACGCCGACCUGCUGAUCGUGGUCUUCCAUAAGAUUAUCACCACGGGCCACCAGCGUUUACAGCCUCUGUUCGACUGCCUGCUCACCAUUGUUGUCAACGUGUCGCCCUAUUUGAAAAGUCUGUCCAUGGUGGCGGCCAAUAAGCUGCUCCACCUGCUGGAGGCCUUCUCCACCAGCUGGUUCUUGUUCUCUGCCGUCCAGAACCACCACCUAGUCUUUUUCCUCCUGGAGGCGUUCAACAACAUCAUACAGUACCAGUUUGAUGGGAACUGUAACCUGGUGUACGCCGUCAUCCGCAAGCGGAACCUCUUCCACCAGCUGGCCAACCUUCCGUCAGACCCGGCCUCCAUCCAGAAGGCCCUGCAGAGGAAGAGGAAGUCGCCCGACGUCAUCUCCCGCACCAGCUCGCAGGAGACCGUCUCCAUGGAGGGUUCCCGCCCCGCCGUGCCCGCAGAGCCUGGCACCCUGAAGGCCAGCCUGGUCGCCAUUCCCGGUAUUGACAAACUGACCGAGAAAUCUCAGGUGUCCGAGGAUGGGACCAUGGUGUCCGUCCCCAAAAUGGAGCACUCGGAGCAGAUCGCCGCCAGCAGGACCAGCGACACCGAAUCCAACUCGGGCAGAGACAAUGAGGAUGUUUUCUACACUGAGGCAGAAAUGGAGAGGAGACGUUUGUCCAGUGCUUCUUCAGCAUCGACUUGGGGUCCCACACCAGACUGGGUUCUGUCCUGGAAGUGUAAGCUCCCCUUGCAGACCAUCAUGCGUCUGCUGCAGGUGCUGGUUCCACAGGUGGAGAAGAUCUGCAUCGACAAGGGCCUGACGGACGAGUCGGAGAUCCUGAAGUUCCUCCAGCACGGCACGCUGGUUGGCCUGCUGCCCGUCCCUCACCCCAUCCUCAUCCGGAAGUACCAGGCCAACGCCGGCACGGCCAUGUGGUUUCGCACCUACAUGUGGGGUGUGGUCUACUUGCGCAACGUGGACCCUCCCAUCUGGUACGACACGGACGUGCGCCUCUUUGAGAUCCAGAAGAUGUAGACGCGUCGAGCCGACGGCGCCGAAGCCGCCUCGCAAUCCUCGCCACGCUGGCCGAGCGCUCGUUCGCGACCAGCCAGCAAUUUUGUCCGUAGGCAACUCGCUACGUGUUGUGCUGACCUCGAGAACGUGCAGCUGGUUUGUUUUCGCCUCGAAAGGUAAAAAAAAAAAAAAAAAAAAAAAGCGCAGGUCAAGUCAGAUUCAGAGAUAUUAUCGUCAUGGUGAUGAGUCCCCCCCCCCCCCCACUGUUGUAGUGGGGUCAGCGAUCAGGUGAUGAGCUCGGAUGCCAGUUUGACACCGAUGUUGCAAAUUUGAAUGCUCAUCCACAUCAGUAGUCACAUAUCAGUCACACGCAUCACAUCACGUGACUUUGGGGAACUCCGCUCUCACCGUGUCAACGUUUUAUCUUUCUGGACAUGCUUUAAAAUGAACUUUCACCUUUUUUUUUUUUUUUUUUUUAAUGUAACAGUACAAACUACGACACUGGAUUGUUUUCCGUUUAUAAGGUUUAAAACUAUUUUCCUUAAAUUAUUAUAUAUAUAUAUAUGUGUGUGAAGUGUAGUGGAUACUAAAUGCAGUACGUAAAUAUUGAGUGAUU